CAACACUCCUGAGAGAAAAGACGGGAGAGAGAGAGAGCGAGAGAGAGAGAGAGAGGGAGGAAAGAAAUCGCAGGUUAUUUAUAACAGGCAGCACCAGGGGCUCUCCAGUCUCUCCUGCAAAGCUGCAGCAGCUGGGAGGUCACUCCCGAAAAUCCCGGCCGAGCCCGUGCUCUGCCAGCUCAAUAUUUGCUCUGGGAUCCGGGAUCUGGGAUCUGGGGCGGGCACCCGGCGCUGCGGCUCGGGAGCCACCCUCCCAUGCUGCCGGUGCCGCGGCACAGCCCCGAGCAGCCUUUGCACAGGAGGAGCUCACCUCGGUCCCUCCAGCACCAUGCCUCGGGCCACCACCCUCAUCCUCAUCCUGGCCGGGCUCUGCGGGUCCUCCCUGGGCCAGUACAAUGAGGAGGAGGACCUGGCGUGGCUCCAGUACUACCUGCGGCAGUCCCGCGUCUCCUCCUACAACUACGUGCCCUACUACGAGGAGGAGAGCCCCGCGUACGCUUACUCCUACCCCUCUGCCACCGACACGGAGCCCGAGCCGGAGCCGGAGCCGCAGCAAGCCACGCCCUGGCGGUGUCCCCAAGAGUGUGACUGUCCCCCCAACUUCUCGUCGGCCAUGUAUUGUGACACCCGCAACCUGCGGUACCUGCCGUUCGUGCCGUCGCGGAUGAAAUACGUCUACUUCCAGAACAACCUCAUCACCUCCAUCCAGGAGGGAGCCUUCGACAACGCCACGGAGCUGGAGUGGCUGGCGCUGCACAACAACCAGAUCAGCAGCGAAAAGAUGGGGAAAAGGGUUUUUGGGAAGCUGCAGCGCCUGGAGAGGCUCUACAUGAACAACAACAACCUGACGCGGCUGCCCAGCCCGCUGCCGCGCUCGCUGCGCGAGCUCCACCUCUCCUACAACCACAUCUCCAAGGUGCCUUCCAACGCUCUGGAGGGGCUGGAGAACCUCACGGCGCUGUACCUCAGCCACAACUUCAUCUUCGAGAUGGGCGCGUCCCUCAAAGGGCUCAAGUCGUUGAUCCUCGCUGACCUGAGCUACAACAACCUCAGGAAGGUCCCGGACGGGCUCCCGGUGUCCCUGGAGCAGCUGUACCUGGAGUACAACUACAUCAACGCCAUCCCCGACGAUUAUUUCCAGGUGUCCCCCCGGCUGCUCUACGUGAGGAUGUCCCACAACAGCCUGACCAACCAAGGGCUCUCCAGCAACACCUUCAACAGCAGCAGCAUCCUGGAGCUGGACCUGUCCUACAACCGGCUCCAGAAGAUCCCGCGGGUCAACACCAACCUGGAGAACCUCUACCUGCAGGGCAACCAGAUCAAUGAGUUCUCCAUCAGCAGCUUCUGCUCCGUGGUGGAUGUCAUGAACUACUCCCGGCUCCAGGUGCUGCGGCUCGACGGGAACGAGAUCAAGCGCAACGCGGUGCCCCCGGACGCGCCGCUGUGCCUGCGCCGGGCCACCGUCAUCGAGAUCUGAGCCGGCCCCGCCGCCCUCAGGACUUGUGUCCCUCGUUCCCAGGGAAUCCCUCAUUCCCAGGGAAUCCCUCAUUUCCCAUCCGACUCGGCUUCGCAGCAGUGCAAUCACAGGGUGCUCCGAUCUGCGCCCAAUUUGCCCUAAAUUCUCCCUCUUCCCAUGCAGGGUGGGGCAGAUCCCGGCUCUGAGCCCUCUCUGACCCUGCCACAGCCACCCCACAAAGCCCCGUGCCCACUGUCACCUCCUCCCCCAGAUCGGGGUGGGGCACAGUAGGGAUGGGGCUCGUCCCACCUUGGGAAUCCAGGCCUGAGCAUCUGAUCCCAAUCCCGACCCCAAAACCGGAUCUGAACCCCCUGAGCCAGCAACCCCUGGAAGGAGCAUCCAAGGGGUUGGGAGCUGCAGGAGUGAAGGGUUAAAGAUCUCCAGGCUGGAGGAUCCCUCAGAGUGGGACGAGGAGGGGCAAAUCCACCCCUUCUCUUCCUUUUUCCCCCUUUUCCAUCAGCCUCCUGCUCCGGAAUUAAUGGAGAGAAACCCUAAAAGAGAGAAACCUUCCCUGGGGUCAGAGGGAAACCCCCUGAGGAACAGCCUGGCCAUGGAAGGGGUCCCAAAUCUUCCUCCCAAACCCCUGGAUCAGGGCAGGAUGGGGAAAUUCCUGGUGCUGUCACCCCCGGCUGCCUGGGCACCCCUCCCUGAGCUCCCUCCCUGCCCAGGCCCCCGGGAUAUCCCAAUUAAAACCCCCCAAAUAAUCACAGAUCCACGUUGGAAUUCCCUAAAAACCCCGAAUUCCCCAACUCGGACCCUCGGCCGGCUGAGUUUGAGGACCGAAGGGGCAGCUGAGCUUUGGGGGUGACCUGCCCAGGUGGCCCCUCCGCGUUGUUCCUGCAUGCAAAGAGCAUUAAAAAUAAAAAACUCCCCAAAAUCCUAUAAUUUCACCAGCAUGAACUGUAAACCCCAAACCCAUCAAUAAAACCCUUCCCGCACCUGCA